GCCACAUAUAAUGAGCAUCUUCAGAUAAUGAGCAAUUCCAGAUAAUGAGCAGCUUCAGAAAACGAUCAGAUGCAGAAAAUGAGCGGUUCAAGACUGUGAGCAGCUCCAGAUGAUGAGCAACUGAAGAUAGAACGACUUUUCACGGUGUGAGGUCAAAAUGACUCUAGUCCAGCCAAGCCCCGAGCUCCAAAUCAACAUCAGGAAAGAACUGAACGAAGACAUCAACACCAGAGACAGGGACCUCCAACACAUCAAAGAAUGGUUGUUGAAGCAGCCCCAUCUUCCUGACACUUGGGACGAUACCCGUCUGAUGACUUUCUUGAGGGGUUGCAACUUCUCCCUGGAGAAAUGCAAGAAGAAGCUGGACAUGUACUUCACCAUGAGAGCUGCGAUUCCAGAGUUCUUCACCAAUAGGGACAUGAACCGUCCAGAACUGUUGGCUCUUAGCAAAAUUGGGCAAGGACCACCACUGCCUGGUUUGACCCCAGAGGGUAGAAGAGUCACCAUCAUGAGGGGAUUGGAUAAAAACAUCGAUACCCCAAACUUGGCCGACCUCAUGAAGAUCGCCCUCAUGGUUGGAGAUAUCCGUUUGGAAGCUGAAGAAGUUGGAGUGGCUGGGGAUGUUUAUGUCCUCGACGCCAGCGUUUUGUCCCCACAGCAUUUCGCCAAAGUCAACCCUACCAUCGUCAAGAAAUUUCUAGUCUGCGUGCAGGAAGCAUACCCUGUCAAACUGAAGGAGGUACAUGUCGUCAACGCUACGCCCCUGGUGGACACCGUGAUCAGCUGGGUGAAACCCUUCCUGAAGGAGAAGAUCCGUAACAGGAUCCACGUCCACCAAAACCUGGAAUCCCUGUACAAAUUCGUACCCAAAGAUGUCCUUCCUGAGGAAUACGGUGGCACCGCUGGCAAGAUGUCCGAUUUCAACGAGCAAUGGAUCCAGAAGCUGAAGGACUACACCCCUUGGUUCAAGGCCCAGGAAAGCAUCAAGGCUGACGAGUCUAAGCGUCCUGGCAAACCGACCAACUACGAAGAUCUGUUCGGUUUGGAUGGCAGUUUCAGACAGUUGACCAUCGAUUGAAGGGUGGCGACAAAUGCAUCUGGAGCUUCAUGCCAAAAAUUUCCUCGAAUACUGGAGUUUGGAUGGAGUUUUUUCGUCGUUUGUUUCUGUUUGUAACUUUAUCGUGAUUUUUUUCUAGUUUUUAGGUUUUCUACUACGUACUUCGCUCAUUUUGAUCGUUUCUCAUGACCUCAUCGCUCGUUUUUGUAAUAAAGAGUUUAUUGAAA